AUGGUGGAGGAGAAUGAAGGUUUCAUCAGCUGUGAGAUAUUCCAGGAGCCAGAAUCAGCUGCACUUGGAGGGAUGGAGGGCUCCCCGAUGGGGACUCAACAGAAGAUGGAAAGGAAGCAGAAGCCACAGGAAAUGAAAGGUGUUGAGGGUAAAGAUCCAAGCUCUGACUGUGUGAGGAUUGUGCUCGUGGGGAAGACAGGAAAUGGGAAAAGUGCCACAGGAAACACCAUACUGCAGAGGGUGCUGUUCACGUCUGAGCCCAGUUCAAAAUCAGUGACUACCUGCUGUCAGAAAGGAGUAGGGGAAGUAGCUGGCAGGCAUGUUUCUGUUGUUGACACACCGGGUGUCUUUGACACAAAAGUGUCUAAUGAGGUGGUCCAGCAGGAAAUAGCCAAUUGCAUCUCCUAUUUGGCCCCAGGACCUCAUGUGUUUCUCCUGGUGCUACAGAUUGGGAGAUUCACAAAGGAGGAGAAGGACACAUUGCAGCUCAUUAAGAGUACCUUUGGUAAAAAGGCUGAAAUGUUCACCAUGGUUCUGUUCACAAGAGGGGAUGAUCUUAAUAAUAAACCAAUUGAAAGUUUCAUUGAAGAAGGUGAUGCUACAAUCCAGAAUCUGAUUAAAAGCUGUGGAAACAGGUUUCAUGUUUUCAAUAAUAAAGACAAGAGCAACUUCACCCAAGUCUCUGAGCUGCUGGAUAAGAUAGACAAGAUGGUGCUGAAGAACGGAGGAGGCUGCUACACCAAUGUGAUGUUCCAGGAGGCAGAAAUCACCAUAAAGAAAGAAUGUGAGAGAAUACUGAGAGAGAGAGAGGGAGAGAUGCAGAGAGAGAGAGAGAAGCUGCAGGCAAAACAUGAAGAGGAGAUGAAAGAGAUGAAGAAAAAAGAAGAGCAAGAAAGAAAAGAGUGGGAUGAGAAACAAAAGAAAAUGAGGGAUGAGUUUGAAAGAGAAAGAGAACAAGAAAGACAAAAGAGAGAAAAAGAAAGGAGAGAUCAAGAGGAAAUAAUGGAGAGGAAUCUUGAAGAAAAGAAAAGACAGCUGACAAAACAACAAGAGGAAUGGGACAAGGAACGAAAAGAGGAGAGAGAGAGACGAUAUAAAGAGGAGGAACAGAGAAGAGAGGAGGAGAGAAAAAGGCUGGCAAAGCUGCAGGAGGAAUUUGAGAGGGAGCGAGAAGAAGAGAGACAGAAGAGAAAGAAGGAGGAUCAGGCCAGCAGAGCAAGAGAAGAAAAAGAACGUAAGGAAAUGGAGGAAGACCACAAAACAAAAAUGAAUGAAAUGAAGAGGAAAUAUGAAGAAGAUGCUAGAAAACAAGCAGAGGAAUUUAAUGACUUCAAGGAGAUGUACAAAAAAGAGUUUUUGGCCUUAAGUGAAAAACAUGAACAAGAGAACAAGUCGUGUGCCAACACAGUCUGA